AAAAAAAAGCUUUAGCUGAGGACAGAGGGGGCCAUGGUAACCUUGUUUGAGGGGCUCCUCAAUUCUUGGCUACGCCCCUGCUGGAUAACUCAAGUGGCAGCAAUUGCCAUUGGUAGGUCUAAAUAAUACUGGUUCACCAGGAUGCACAAACCAUAUGAAUGAUUGGGUAGUUCAUUCGUUUUUGUUUCCUUGUUUCCGAGGAGAGGAAUCUUUUUUUCCCCCUUCACCAGUGCCUAACCCAGUUUCUGCGCAUCGUUUUUGGGUCCUGGUCGAGGUUUUCCAUAAAUGCAGUUUUGGUUCACAAUCCGCCCUGCGCAGAGAGAGAGAGAGAGAGAGAGAGAGAGAGAGAGAGAGAGAGAGAGAGAGAGAGAGAGAGAGAGAGAGAGAGCGCUCCUCCUCUGUCUCUUCCCACCACUCAUCCCAAAACGCCAAGGUAAGACGGUCUUCACGGCGGAGUCCUCUCAUCAAUUGUCCCCUCGCAUAAUGGGAACUGAAUUAAAACGGCAGUGACACGCUUUCAGAAAUAACCAACCUACGACUUGUAACUAAACUGCUCCGGAAGAGGGUCGUGUUUUUUGGAUGGAGAAUUUUGAAUCGAUGGUGAAUGAGCUGAAGUCAAGCUGGUUGUGAAGGUGCUGGAUUUGUUCCCCCCUACGCCCCAAGCCGGACACAGCAUGGCGGCGGGAGUAGCGGCAUGGCUUCCCUUUGCCCGGGCGGCAGCCAUCGGCUGGAUGCCUGUGGCCAAUUUGCCCAUGCCAGUGGCGCCCACUGAGAAGAGCAAGAGGCAGGAUGAGCUAAUCAUCCUUAACGUCAGUGGACGACGCUUCCAGACCUGGAGGAACACUCUGGACCGCUACCCAGACACCCUGCUGGGCAGCUCAGAGAAGGAGUUCUUCUACAAUGAGGAGACCAAAGAGUACUUCUUCGACCGGGACCCUGACGUGUUCCGCAGCGUGCUCAACUUCUACCGUACCGGCAAGCUCCACUACCCACGCUAUGAGUGCAUCUCGUCUUAUGAUGAGGAGCUGGCAUUCUUUGGCAUAGUCCCAGAGAUCAUCGGUGACUGUUGCUAUGAAGAGUACAAGGACAGGAAGAGGGAGAAUGCAGAGCGCCUGAUGGAUGACAAGGAGGACAACAAGGAUGCUAAAUUACCCAACAUGACCUUCAGGGAGACCAUGUGGCGGGCCUUCGAGAACCCCCACACUUCCACCAUGGCUCUUGUCUUCUACUACGUCACUGGCUUCUUCAUUGCUGUCUCUGUCAUCACCAACGUGGUGGAGACGGUACCCUGCGGCUCUGCACCCAACCAGAAGGAAGUGCCAUGUGGUGAGCGCUACACCGUGGCCUUUUUCUGCAUGGACACGGCCUGCGUUAUGAUUUUCACCGUGGAGUACCUGAUGCGCUUGUUUGCUGCACCCAGCCGCUACCGAUUCAUGAGGUCCGUCAUGAGCAUCAUUGAUGUAGUGGCCAUCUUGCCCUACUACAUCGGCCUAGUGAUGACUGACAACGAGGAUGUGAGUGGCGCUUUUGUGACACUCCGUGUUUUCCGCGUGUUCCGUAUCUUUAAGUUCUCCCGUCACUCGCAGGGCCUGCGCAUCCUGGGCUACACGCUGAAGAGCUGUGCUUCUGAGCUGGGCUUCCUGCUUUUCUCCCUCACUAUGGCCAUAAUUAUCUUUGCUACUGUUAUGUUCUACGCCGAGAAGGGUUCAAGCUCCAGUAAAUUCACCAGCAUCCCAGCCUCCUUCUGGUACACCAUCGUUACUAUGACAACACUUGGGUACGGAGACAUGGUCCCUAAGACGAUCGCAGGGAAGAUCUUUGGCUCAAUCUGCUCUCUGAGUGGGGUGCUGGUAAUUGCCCUGCCUGUCCCUGUCAUCGUGUCCAACUUUAGCCGCAUCUAUCACCAGAACCAGAGAGCAGACAAGCGGCGGGCGCAGAAGGUACAGAAAGCCCGCUUGGCCAGGAUACGAAUAUCCAAGACAGGAAGCUCCAGUGCCUUCCUCCACAGCAAGCGCAACGGCCUGUUCAACGAAGCUCUAGAGCUCACGCAACUCCCAUACAAGAUGAACCUUUCAGAUCAGAGUUCCACUGAGGAGGAGCAGCGGUUAACUAAGUCUACGUCUCUUUUAGAGAGCCAGCACCACCACCUGCUGCACUGUCUGGAGAAAACCACUAACCACGAGUUUGUGGAUGAGCAGUAUUACCAGCAGAGCUACCUGGAGGCGGGGCUACAAAAUUACCCAUCUCGAAGCCCCUCCCUCUCCAGCCAAGACGGCGUGACGGGCACGUGCUGCACCCGCCGAAGCAAGAAGCACCACACCCCUUUACCGAACGCCAGUGCCCCAGCCCACAUGCAGCCUUUGACGCACACGCACACACACCAACAAGGUUUGCAGGAGCUCAGCACCAUCCACAUCCAGCCCCUCAGCACCAGCCGCUCCAGUCUGAACAUGCGCGUAGAUGAACCAGCACCCCUGAACUGCCAGAGCAGCCAGAUCACCACAGCAAUCAUCAGCAUCCCCACGCCGCCGGUGACGACCCCUGAGGGCGAUGCUCAUCUGCCAGCAGGCCCCACCCACCAGAACGUUGUGAAGGUGUCGGCACUGUGAAGACUAGAGUGCGGAUGCGUCACACACAGAAGGACAGAUAAAGACUCAUCGAGACAGACUGAGGGACAGAGGAGGACUGGGAAUGAUGGAGGAGAAAGCAUUCGGUGUCCAAGUCUAGCCGCGGUGGAGCCUGCCCUCUGCUGGUCAUGUACUGUAAAGACAUGGACUCCCUGUAAAGACAGAGGAUGGCUUUUAGAUACAGUAAAUUUGUGUUAGUGGUCGGCAUGCAUGUGUGCGCGUAUGUGAGUGUGUGUGGGCGAAAGAGUGGGGAAAUAUGUGUAGGGAGUCAUUUUAGAUGAGGAGGCGAGUGAGAGUGCGCCUCCAGAGUAUCGGGAGAUGAGUUCCCUGAGCAAGUCAUGUGUCACUGUGCACAAAGCACCUUUUUAUGAUUUUCGCUUCAGUUUGACUCUUACAGUCUGAUUUUUUUUAGCAGGAAAUAUAAGGGAAAAGGAAGAAAACUCUAAGGGAAAGAAAAAAAACACAUAAUCAAAACCUUUUUCUCCCAUUGAUUUAACCCUGCCCUUUUUGUUUUAUGUCAUUUUGGUCCAUUUACCUGUUGAUAGAUAAAUAUGCCACCAUUCCUUUUCGAGGUCCAAUAUUAUUCCACUCGAGUGAAACAUUCUUUAAAAGAUGAAAUAUGGUAGGUGUGUUUGUGAUGGCGUUACCAAUGAGUUUCAUAUUUGUGAAUGAGUGUAUGUGACCUUUUGCUAGAUAGAGGAUUUGUGACGUUUUGGAUAGGAGGUAUGUGCCUGUGUGUGUGUGUGUGUGUGUGUGUGUGUGUGUGUGUGUGUGUGUGUGUAUGUGUGUGUGUGUGUGUGUGUGCGUGCAAAUGUGUUUGUCUCAGUUGAUUGAAAACUUGUGUUUCAAUUCUUCUGGAAGUCUCUAUGGCUAUGGUAUAUUUGACUAGCUGCCACUCUGAAGGGUUCAUUGCACAUAUUUCUGUCUGAAAUUCUCAGCUACCAAGUCUUUUACACACAAUAUGUGCCUGUUUUGCUGGAGUAAAAAGAGAUUUAUUUGUUUUUUAUAGUUUCUCCCCCUCUGUUCUUUCCCCUUUCGGCUCUCACAGCCCGACGGACCUCAAAUUCUCUUCAAUUCUCUAACAAAGAAACCAAAAAAAACAAAAAACAAAAAAACACAAAAAAACAUUUUGAUUCAAACCACCACAAUUAAAAGCACAAGGCAUCUGCUGAGAAUUUCCGACACAAAUCUGCCCUGAGCCCGGGUUCUUUGUGAAUAUUGUUAAUAGAAUAUUUUGUAAUAU